AUACAGACAUUACUCUCACACUCGACGCGACUCAGAUCUAAAGAGCGAAAAACUGAAAUUAAGAAAACCCUCGCUCUUUUCUCUCCAUCGAUCUCUUCAUUUCUUAUACUUAUUCUAUCACAAACCUUUCUCUUUCGUUGUUCGAUUGAUCAUUUCGUGUUCAUGUUCUGAUCAGAUCUGAGAAUAGAUUUGGGUGAUUUGAUUGGAGGAAAAUGUUGACCAAGUUUGAGACAAAGAGUAAUAGAGUGAAGGGACUGAGUUUCCACAGUAAGAGACCGUGGAUCCUUGCGAGUCUUCACAGUGGUGUGAUCCAGCUAUGGGACUAUCGUAUGGGGACUCUGAUUGAUAGGUUUGACGAGCAUGAUGGCCCAGUUCGUGGUGUCCAUUUCCACAAGUCUCAGCCUUUAUUCGUGUCUGGAGGGGAUGAUUACAAGAUCAAAGUAUGGAAUUACAAGAUGCAUAGGUGUCUAUUUACUCUUCUUGGACACCUUGAUUACAUUCGUACUGUGCAGUUUCAUCAUGAGUACCCAUGGAUAGUGAGUGCCAGUGAUGAUCAGACCAUCCGCAUAUGGAAUUGGCAGUCACGUACUUGUAUUUCUGUGUUAACCGGCCACAAUCAUUAUGUCAUGUGUGCCUCAUUCCACCCUAAAGAGGACCUUGUUGUGUCAGCCUCUCUGGAUCAGACUGUUCGUGUUUGGGAUAUAGGCGCAUUAAGAAAGAAGACAGUGUCUCCUGCAGAUGACAUUCUGCGGUUGAGUCAGAUGAACACAGAUCUUUUUGGUGGUGUUGAUGCUGUUGUUAAAUAUGUCUUGGAAGGUCAUGACAGAGGAGUCAACUGGGCUGCAUUCCAUCCCACCCUCCCUCUGAUUGUUUCAGGAGCAGAUGAUCGCCAAGUGAAAUUGUGGCGCAUGAAUGAAACUAAGGCUUGGGAAGUGGACACUUUGAGAGGGCACAUGAAUAACGUGUCUUGUGUAAUGUUCCAUGCCAAACAGGACAUAAUUGUUUCCAAUUCUGAGGAUAAAAGUAUUCGUGUUUGGGAUGUAACAAAGCGCACUGGAGUUCAAACUUUCCGCCGGGAGCAUGAUAGGUUCUGGAUUCUAGCAUCACACCCAGAAAUGAAUCUUUUAGCAGCAGGUCAUGAUAGUGGCAUGAUUGUCUUUAAGCUGGAGAGAGAACGGCCUGCUUUUGCAGUGAGUGGUGAUUCUUUGUUUUAUGCCAAAGACCGCUUUUUGCGGUAUUAUGAAUUUUCAUCUCAAAAAGAUACACAAGUUAUUCCAAUUCGACGGCCUGGUUCUACAAGCCUUAAUCAGAGUCCAAGGACCCUUUCUUACAGUCCUACAGAAAAUGCUGUUCUUAUUUGCUCAGAUGUGGAUGGGGGAUCGUACGAGUUGUAUGUUAUACCUAAAGACAGCAUUGGUAGAGGUGACAGCUUGCAAGAGGCAAAGAAAGGUCUAGGAGGUUCAGCCAUUUUUAUUGCUCGGAAUAGGUUUGCUGUUCUUGACAAAAGUAGCAACCAAGUUUUAGUCAAGAACCUAAAAAAUGAGGUGGUUAAGAAGAGUAUUCUCCCAAUUGCUGCAGAUGCAAUUUUCUAUGCUGGAACUGGUAACUUGCUGUGUAGGGCAGAGGAUAGAGUGGUAAUAUUUGAUCUCCAGCAGAGGCUUGUUCUUGGUGAUUUGCAAACCCCCUUUGUCAAGUAUGUUGUUUGGUCAAACGAUAUGGAGAGUGUUGCUUUGCUCAGCAAACAUGCCAUUAUCAUUGCUAACAAGAAGCUGGUGCACCAGUGCACUCUUCAUGAGACAAUUCGUGUAAAGAGUGGAGCCUGGGAUGACAAUGGUGUUUUUAUUUACACGACCUUAAAUCAUAUUAAAUAUUGCCUCCCCAAUGGAGAUAGUGGUAUUAUUAGAACCCUUGAUGUUCCGAUCUACAUAACGAAGGUUUCUGGAAACACCAUUUUUUGCUUGGAUCGGGAUGGGAAGAACAGGGCUAUAGUUAUUGAUGCAACAGAAUAUAUUUUCAAGCUGUCUCUACUAAAGAAGAGAUAUGACCAUGUCAUGAGCAUGAUAAGGAACUCUCAGCUUUGUGGUCAGGCAAUGAUUGCUUAUCUACAACAGAAGGGCUUCCCUGAAGUUGCUCUCCAUUUUGUGAAAGACGAAAGGACUCGUUUUAACUUGGCUCUGGAGAGUGGGAACAUUCAAAUUGCAGUUGCAUCAGCGAAGGAAAUAGAUGAGAAAGAUCACUGGUACAGAUUGGGUGUGGAGGCUCUUCGCCAGGGUAAUGCAGGGAUUGUGGAAUAUGCUUACCAGAGGACCAAAAAUUUUGAGAGGUUAUCUUUUCUGUAUCUCGUAACUGGAAACAUGGAAAAGCUGUCCAAGAUGCUUAAAAUAGCUGAAGUUAAGAAUGAUGUCAUGGGUCAAUUCCAUAAUGCUCUUUAUCUGGGUGAUGUUCAAGAACGCAUUAAGAUUCUGGAGAAUGCUGGCCAUUUGCCUCUUGCUUAUAUUACUGCUUCUGUCCAUGGGCUACAGGAUGUGGCUGAGCGACUAGCAGCUGAGUUGGGAGAUAAUGUUCCAUCUUUGCCAGAGGGAAAAGUACCCUCUCUUUUGAUGCCCCCAUCUCCUGUUAUGUGUAGUGGUGAUUGGCCUCUUCUGAGAGUCAUGAAGGGCAUUUUUGAAGGUGGGCUGGAUAAUGUUGGAAGGGGGGCUGUAGAAGAAGAUGAAGAGGCUGCUGAUGCUGAUUGGGGUGAGGAACUGGAUAUGGUAGAUGUUGAUGGAUUACAGAAUGGGGAUGUUGCAGCAAUUUUGGAGGAUGGGGAAGUGGUUGAAGAAAAUGAUGAAGAGGGAGGAUGGGAUCUUGAAGAUUUGGAGCUUCCACCCGAAGCAGACACACCUAAGGCUCCUGCCAAUGCUCGGUCUUCAGUUUUUGUGGCACCAACUCCUGGUAUGCCUGUGAACCAGAUUUGGAUUCAGAGGUCCUCCCUUGCUGCUGAGCAUGCGGCAGCUGGCAAUUUUGAUACUGCUAUGAGGUUGCUGAACAGGCAACUAGGAAUUAGGAAUUAUGCCCCAUUAAAGUCUAUGUUUCUUGAUCUUCACUCUGGGAGCCAUAGCUAUCUACGGGCAUUCUCAUCUGCUCCCAUAAUAUCACUUGCAGUUGAAAGGGGUUGGAAUGAGUCUGCCAGCCCAAAUGUUAGGGGACCACCAGCACUUGUGUUUAAUUUCUCUCAGUUGGAAGAGAAGCUUAAGGCUGGUUACAAGGCCACAACAACUGGGAAAUUUACUGAGGCUCUUCGACUAUUUCUUGGCAUUCUGCACACAAUUCCUUUGAUUGUGGUUGAGUCAAGGAGGGAAGUUGACGAAGUCAAGGAGUUAAUUAUCAUAGUGAAAGAGUAUGUCCUUGGUCUGCAAAUGGAGCUUAAGAGGAGGGAAUUGAAAGAUAAUCCAGUGCGCCAGCAGGAGCUUGCUGCCUACUUCACCCACUGCAGCCUUCAAAUGCCUCACUUACGGCUGGCCUUGUUAAACGCAAUGACUGUCUGCUACAAGGCAAGGAACCUUGCCACAGCGGCUAACUUUGCAAGGCGUCUAUUAGAUACAAACCCCACAAUUGAAACUCAAGCAAAGACAGCCAGACAAGUGCUACAGGCUGCAGAGAGGAAUAUGACAGAUGCCAAUGAGUUGAAUUAUGAUUUCCGAAACCCAUUUGUCACAUGUGGAGCAACAUACGUGCCAAUUUACCGAGGGCAGAAGGAUGUUUCCUGCCCAUACUGUACCACCAGGUUUGUGCCUAGCCAGGAAGGACAGCUCUGCACGGUUUGUGAUCUUGCAGUGGUUGGAGCAGAUGCUUCAGGCUUGCUUUGUUCUCCCACCCAGAUUCGAUGAUUCAGCUGUCGAAGCAGGAGAUUUUCAACCAUUUUUCAGCUUAAUCCUUUUUGCAGCAGAGGGAGUCAUGUGGUGAUGGAUUCAUUAUCUGCAGGUAAAAGGUAAGGUACAAAAGAAGAGUUAAGUUUCGAAUUAAUUGUUUGUGGUGGUUACUUUUCCUAUCAAUGGCUUUUCUGCCUUAUUUUUUUCUUUUUAUCUCUAUUUAGUUGAUUAUGAUUUUCAAUGUAAUAACAAUUUGAGAAUUUUGACUUGGGCUAUUCUUGUUAGUUGUUUAUAGACAAGAAUAGUUGAAGGGCUUUUGUUACAUUAGAUGAUGGUCAUAGGCAGGAAAAGACUUUUAUAUGUCAAUGUAUGCCAGACGCCUUUGGCGAAUUUGCUUAUAUUUCCUGUUAUACUUUACUUGAGUGGUUGGCAGUGAAAAAGUAAUUUGUUCCAUUUAAAUAA